AUGGAUAUGUGGAAUUGGUUCAGGACGGAGAAUACUGGCGUUGGCGCAAGAAGGUGUUUUGAGGAAGGACUGGGGAAUGAGGAGAAAGGGGAUGGGGAGCUUUUCGAACAUAUUGUCAAUAAGAUUCUGGAGGAGAAUCCAGAUGUGCUGCACCAUUUGGUCAUGAACCCUCCAACAUGUCAGCACAUACGUAGUGGUAGUUCCACUGGAGCGCAAAAUUGGGCAUCAGCUCUUCAGUUGUUACAACAGCGACAACAGCCGCUGACGAGGAAUGCACCAGGAGUUGGCAAUGCACACGGCCACCGUUGUAACCUGCUAUAUAAGUCAGCCCUGUGUUUUCACUUCCUCCGACGGGGCACCUGCCCGAAAGGGGAAGCUUGCAAGUUCGCUCAUGGCAUCUUCGAGUUGAGAUUGCCGCAGAACCAUCCCAAGUACCGCACAAGACUGUGUGUGCAUUACACACUCACUGGAGCCUGUCUAUUUGGAGAAGGAUGCUUUUUCGUUCACCGCUAUAAUCCCCCCUCUACCCCGGAGUCUCCCGACUACGCCAGUCUCAACUACUGCAUUUAG